UCUUCUUUUUUUAUUUCAUGACCAUUCAUCGUCAUGACCCUGUAAAUCCAUGGAGCGAUUGACGGACUAGUUGAGUGGCUUUGGUAAUGAAUGUAACGACUGUUAACAAAACCAACAUGGUUUCUUUAUUGCUGUUACUAGGCUUGCUCAUUUCCAGCCUCAAUAUAUCAGGUGCAAAAACCAUUGGAGUCUGUAAUGGGAGAAAUGGCAACAAUCUACCUAGUGAAGCAGAUGCUGUACAAUUCUUCAAAGACAAUGGCAUCAAAAGGAUGAGGAUUUACGAACCAUACCAACCAACUCUUCAGGCCCUCAGAGGAUCAAACAUAGAACUCACCGUUGGCAUCCCCAACAAAGACCUUCAAGGCCUGAAUGACCCUGCAGCCGCAACAGAUUGGGUCCAGAAGAAUGUCAGAGACUACUUUCCUGAUGUUAAAUUCCGGUACAUCGCGGUGGGCAAUGAAGUACACCUCAAAGGUGCAGAAACCAAGUAUCUCCUCCCCGCCAUGGAAAAUAUUCAGAGUGCAAUCUCAGCAGCCAACUUACAAGAUCAAAUCAAAGUUUCAACAGCAAUCCAUACUGGUUUGUUGGAGAACACUUUCCCGCCAUCAAAUAGUUUAUUCACAGAAGCUGCAAGUUCAUUCAUGAAUCCGAUUGUGACGUUCCUGGUUAACAAUGGCUCACCUCUUCUGGCCAACAUCUAUCCUUAUUACAGCCGUAUUGCAAACCCGCAAGGUGUCAGUCUUGAAUAUGCCCUGAUUACUUAUCCAGGGACUAUGGUACGUGAUACUAACCUUAACUACCAGAAUCUGUUUGAUGCAAUGGUUGAUGCGGUGUAUGCGGCUCUAGAGAGAGCAGGUGGACAAAACUUGUGGGUUGUGGUAGCGGAGACUGGUUGGCCAUCAAAAGGUGGAAUUGAUGCAAGCGUUGCGAAUGCAGAGACUUAUUAUAAGAAUUUGAUCGACCACGUGAAGAAUGGAACUCCAAAGAGAAGUGAAGCUAUUGAAACUUAUCUAUUUGCAGUGUUUGAUGAGAAUACCAAGGAUGGUAAUGAGGUGGAGAGGCAUUUUGGUGUAUUUACUGCUGAUAAACAACCCAGAUACCAACUUAAUUUCUAUUAAUUUGACAAGCCCUUUAUAUCAUAAAAUUUGGUUUGAAUAAGAGUGCCUCGUAGUGCUACAAAUAUAUAUGUGAUUUUUAUAUCAUGUUAACAUGUAUUCUAAGAAACCUUUGUGUAAGUUUUUGGAUUGCAAUAUUUGAUGCCAUGAGCAACAAAAAGAGUACUUGCUGUCGA